UCUGGUUAAAAUGAUAUCCAAAAAAACUUGAACAAAUGAUGAGCGAGUGGGUGGAGCCAGGGACACAACCCAAUCCGUUGUUGUGAGAGGGACAUGAGGGGCUGAUCUGUGUGUAUUUCUCUCUCGUUCUCUGCAUUCCUCUCUGUUAUUUGACACUGAGCUGCUAGCUAAGGUAGCCACAUUUAGAAUAUGUCUGUGUGGAUGUUUGUUUGUGUGGAGCUAAGUGGUUGCAGUGCCUUGUAAAAUCUAAGUGGAACAUGCAUACAUUUUUUUAGAAUUUGAGCCUAAGCACCUAGUUACCACAGCUUUAAAAUUACUUUGAAACAGUAAUGUGGUCCAAAGGGUCAAUUAUCAAUUCAGAGGGCAAAAGGACAGCUUCUUAAGCGCCACCUAGGAUAUAUCUGUUCCAGUUGGAUCAGAAGGCUCUAAGACCUCUAUAGCUUCUCCUCCAUGAUGAUGGAUGAUCCCGACCUCUGCUUCCCUCAGCUCCUAAAUACCUCCUGCAGGAAGCCAAAGCGUCCUCACUCGCCUCAAGUGUUUUUUAUUAACACCCUACUGUCCCUCAACUCUGUGCUCACUGCUGCUCUCAACCUCUUGGUCAUCAUCACCAUCUCUCACUACAGGCAGCUUCACACCCCCACCAACCUCCUCCUCCUCUCUCUAGCAGCCGCAGACUUUAUUGUUGGACUUCAGCAGAUGCCAUUUGGAAUUCUGAUCUGGCACGGCUGCUGGUUCCUCAGUGACAUUGUAUGUGCUCUAAAUUCAUUUUUAGGUUUUGUAACUACUAGUGUUUCUGUGGGGAACAUGUUGCUGAUUUCAGUUGACCGCUACCUGGCCAUCUGUGAGCCAAUGUAUUACCCCACUAAAGUGACUGUAACAGCAGUGAGGCUCUGUGUGUGUCUGUGUUGGAUUCUGUCUGUUAUUUACAGCAGCUGGAUUCUAAGGGACCUCUUCACAAAGCCAGACAGGUAUUUGACCUGUUUUGGAGAGUGUGUAGUUGCCAUUAGUUAUAUUGAAGGAACCGUAGACUUUCUCCUGACGUUUGUGGGUCCCAUAACAGUCAUCAUAGUCCUGUACAUGAGGGUGUUUGUGGUGGCCGUGUCUCAGGCUCGUGCCAUGCGCUCUCAUGUUGUAGCUUUCAAACCUCAGAGUUCAGCAACUGCAAACAAGUCUGAACUGAAAGCUGCCAGAAAUCUAGGUGUGGUAGUAGUUGUUUUCCUCCUGUGCUUCUCACCUUAUUACAUCUACAGUGUUACAGGUGGGAACAACUUAGACAGCCUCUCUCAGAUCUGGCUGCUGUAUUUUAACUCAUGUCUGAACCCUGUGAUAUACGCUCUGUUCUACCCCUGGUUUAGAAAAGCUAUAAAACACAUUAUCACUCUUCAGAUCCUGCAGCCAGGCUCCUGUGAAGCCAAUCUACUGUAGAGGUACUGUACUAAUACUUUGGCUUUUGAGGUUAAAUAUUGAUAAUAAUAACAAAACAAAGCUGAUAUGUUUUAGUGGAAGAUGAAGAAUCAUGGCUCAGCUAAUAGAGUUGGCUUGGGGGAGCGAAAGGUCCCAGGUUCAAAGCCCACCAGAGCACCAAGUGUGUCUUUGAGUAAGACACUAGUUCACCGGGCUAAUCAUUUCCUCAAUGUGGAAUCAAUAUCUAUCUAUCAUUUUUAUUGGAUCUGGGGGUACAAAGUAGAUAUUUUUAACAAUCUACAUUUUAAGUAGUUGCCUCCUUUUAUUGAAAGUUCUUUUGGGAAGGAGGAAGAUUUAUGUUGCUGCACAAUUAGUGUAUGGCAGAGUGACAUAUGCAUACACACAAGGUGUACUGUACAGUUUUUACACUAGGUUGAGUGGAGAGUCCUUAUUGACACUAAAUCUAUCUAAUUAUAUAUUAGUUGGACAUUUAUUUAGAUAUUCUCCUAAAGAUCUUAAUUUAAAAUGUGUAAUUUCUGGAAUGUCUUGUCAUCAAACGACCUUCUCUCUCUCCUUCUUCUCUGUAAACUUUCCACAUGAACCUACAGUACAAUUGUUUUGAUGAAUAAUAUCCUUGUGCAAAUAAUAUCCUCCCAUGCAGGUUAGUUAAAAGUGCACUUUUUAUUAUGUGAAUAUAAAGCUGAAAGUUUAAUUUGCUAAUAAAUUUACUGUUUUCUACCUCAGAAAAAACAGACUUCAUUAAGACAUUCAUAAACACACUUGUGUGUAGUUGUCCUCUGGGCACUGAACAGCCCUUUAAACUGCUGUUGAGACUGUGUAGUCAGUGUUUUUGGUUGGAAACACCUUCUCACAUCAGAGGUGUUAACAGCUAAUGAGCGACAACACAUACAUGAUGCAACCAGCACUUGACAGACAAGUGACUCAAUAAAGUACAGUGAAUGUUUGAUCAUUUAAACUUAACCACAAGUUUUAAUUGUUCACUUUAAUCUCAAUCAUGUGGCGAGAACCUAAACCUUACUAAUCAUUAACACAUGACAAGAAAGUUUCUGCCUGAACAGUAGCACAUGUCAAAAGCCCUGAUCCUUUAACUGUAGACUCAGCUGAUGCUUGUAUUCAGUUUGUUGGCUGCAGUACAGUUUCAGCUGAAAGCUUGCAUAUGCUUAUCAUAAGCACACAUUAUAUGCUAUUCAAUCCAGGUUAUGUUUGUGCUUUGCAGAGGUACAGUAGCUGUAAGGUAAAUUUUAUUAUGUAGUAUCAUGUCAGAAUUUCUAUCAUUUAGAGUAAUAGGACAUUUAUAUUGUCAGAACUACACACACAUCAACUUGGUUUAAACCUUGUAUGAUGCUGAAAGUAAUGAAACUGCAAAGCCCAUUGUUAAAGUCUGUCACUCCAGUCUUUGAAGGUGAUGUGGGUUUUGCCUUUGUAUGACCCUGUUAGUUGCCCUCAAUUUUGGUGUUUAUACUACUUGUCUUCUUUUUUUUUUAAUAACCCUUGUUAAGAUGGCGCUGAGUGUGUUGCACCAAGUCUCAGCAGCUCUGUCCUCUUGUGUUCUUUUCUUUGCGUGUUUUAAUGUUUUUUUUCACCCUAUUUGUAUUUUUUAAAUAAAUCCAUAUGGAGUCGGGAACAAAGUU